UAUGUGCGAGGACUACUCGUGUCCAGAGAGAUCUGUUUCUUUAUCUGUCUAUGUGAUUCUGUAUGUGGCCGCAGCAGCUGUGGCUCUUCUGACCGUGUGUGGAAACCUGCUGGUCAUCAUCUCUGUUAGUCACUUCAAGCAGCUCCACACACCUGCCAACAUCCUCAUCCUCUCUUUGGCUGCGUCUGAUCUGCUGGUGGGAGUUUUUGUGAUGCCGUUUCACUUAUCCUGGCUCAUUGAAUCAUGCUGGAUCUCUGGUCCGGUCAUGUGCUCCGUUUUCAAUUUUGUGACCUUUCAGGCAACAAGUGCGUCUGUUCACACUGUGGCUUUAAUAGCUGUCGAUCGCUUUUUGGCUUUGAGUUUUCCCUUUUUUUACUCUGAGAAAAUCUCACUGACUGUGAUUUGUACAGCAGCUUUGCUAAACUGGUUGUUUUCACUCAUUUAUAACUUCACUCUUCUUUAUAUAAAUGGAAACUUCGCUGACAGCAUGUGUCCAGGACAAUGUCUAUAUAUUGUGGAUGGCGUUUCAUCCUUCAUUGAUCUCCUGAUUGUGUUUGUAAUGCCAUGUACGCUCAUUAUAAUAUUGUACACUCAUGUUUUUGUCAUUGCUAAGAAACAUGCGACUGCUAUAAGAGCCCUUCAGGUUCACAACAGCACAGAAUCCUCUAAGAACAAAAUCAGCGACAAAUCUGAGAGAAAAGCUGCUUUAGCGCUUGGGAUUUUGGUUUUUGUGUUUCUCCUGUGUUUGCUGCCGUAUUACAUUUUUUCUUUAACAAAUUUCUUAAGAGACGACUCAUUUUCUAAUGUUAUCAACAGUGUUUUGAUUCUGUUUUACCUUAAUUCCUCUAUUAAUCCACUCAUGUAUGCUUUAUUAUACCCUUGGUUUAAGAGAAGUUUAAAAAUAAUUACGUCUUUUAAAGUUUUUAACAAAGACUCUUCUCUGAUUAAUGUGAUCUCUCAGUAG